UGAAGGCUGAGGCAGGAGCAUUGCUAGUUUGAGGCUAGCCUGAGUGAUUUAAGCAAGACCCUGUCUCAGAAUAAAUAAUAAAAAGAGUUGGGGUAUAGCUCAGUGGUAGAGCAAUCCCGGGUUCAAUCCCCAGUACUGCAAAAUAAGGCAAAACUAAGCUUUACAAGAUUGGUUCCUUUUCUAAGGCAAGGGUUUUGCUGUGAGUAUGGGGCUGCUUCACAGAAGCCUGGGGUGAACACACAGGUAAGUGGAGGCCCCGAGGCCAACCUGGCUCCUCAUGUCAUCUUCUCCCCACCCCAAUGUCUGCCCCACAGGUGUCUGCUUGCCUAGGACUUCAGGGAAGGAUCAUGUCCCAGGGGUCACUGUCGUUUGGGGAUGUGGCUGUGGGCUUCACACGGAAGGAGUGGCAGUGGUUGGACCCUGCGCAGAGGAUCCUGUACCGGGAGGUGAUGCUGGAGACCUACAGCCACCUGGUCUCUGUGGCAGGGUGUCAAGUCAACAAACCAGCUGUGAUCUCCAGGCUGGAGCAGGGGACAGAGCCAUGGGCGGGGAAGGAGGAGAUGCGCAGGUGGAGAUCUCCAGGUGAAUGUUCUUACAAGUCUUGGGUCAUUGCAAGCAGUGGACAUUUGACCUGAGACCUCAAGAUGCCCAAAUGAUCCCUGCUACCUGCACCCCACUACAUGACUCCUUUCCUUUCCCUAGAUUUUAAAGAGACACCGCCUCUGUUUUUGUGCAUCCUUUUAUUCUGCCAUGAAAACUCGCUUGCUCAGUCUUUCUCUGGAAUCUUCAGUCUUGUGCUUUCCCCUGAGGUUAUAAAAUAAACUUUCUCAUGUGUUUAGGGAUUCAGGUAGGCUCUGUAUUAAAAUAGCUAUUGUCGUGUGCCACGCUUCUGUGAAUCUUUCUGUGAAAUGCUUCAAAACUUAUUUGCUGCAUCUGUAUUUGUUCCCACCCUGUCCUUAAUACCUGCAAGCAGGUGAAAGCCGUUCCUGUGCUUCAGGGUAAACUGAUGACUCUGUCACCACCGUCUCCCUCAGUGUUCACCUGUAUGAGGCAUAUGUUCAUGUUUAUUACCUGUUUCUGCAAUAGAAAAUUAAGUGACAGGGCUAUUCAGAGCUAUUGUUCUAAUGCCUUACACUUCUUUGGGGGAAGUGGGGCUUUUCCUACUCUGCUUCUAGCUCAUAACUUGGUACCAAGGAGUUUCUGAGUCUUAGUUUGCUGGUUUUCUGUUUUUGAUCCUCUAAGUCCUGCCCCCACCACGUGAUCUCCUUCCACCUUUUCUAUUUCUUCUCACACCAUUCUCAAACAUCAUAAGCUUGCACUGUCUAAUUACUAGUUGGCUUUUCUGAUUCCAUUUCUGGUUUGAGUUGACCUUAGAAGUUAAUGCCACUCUUUGUUAAUGUGCCUAGUUACUCUGGUACCCUUUUUGAGAUGAUGCUUACAUUCCUCUUCUUUCAAAACUGUGUGACAUGGCCCCAUUCUACCUAAGAAAUUGUAAUUGCAGCUUUUCCUGGACACCUCAGUCUUAUCCUUUGGGGACAAGAGCCUUUAUUUGUCCUUAUUUCUAUAGGAAGCUGGUGGUGGAUAGUUGUGGAAUCCCUCAUUCUUUUAGGAAAGGAAUUUUGUCAAAGAUUUGUUCAGAGAAGUUGUUAUUAAUCUGGAAUCCACAUGGGAAUCCUCUUGGAAGCUUUAAAAACACCGCUGGAAACUUCUCAUGGGGACAUCAGCAAUCCAUGAUCUUUACCUCUUAGGGAUUCAGCAGCUGGGCUCUGAAACUUCACGACCUCUGAACAGAAGAGUGACAUCUUUGCAGUGCACAUUGGUGCCGGGGUGAAGCGGCAGGUAGAGUCUGUGGU